GGCCGCCGCCGCCCCGCCGCGACGACGCCUAGGACCGCCGAGCCUCCGCCGCGCGGCGUCCAACGGCCCAUUGGGAGACGCCGCCGCCCGACCGCUGCGUUACCCGUCGCAAUAGAUGGCGACCCUUCCAAGGAAACGGCGCUAGAUAGCGACCACUGGACCUUCUGGGGGCGCGGGCAGCGACCGCCGGAACGCGGUUCGAAAAAUGCCUGGGCGUCCGAGCCGCUGCACAAAAUCCGCACCGCGGAGGCCUUUUUCAGAUUACAUGGUGCCUUGGAAAAACCUUCGACGCUGGGCAACGGCGCGACCUACCAGCUCUUCCGGAACGACGUCGAGCCGACGUGGGAGGACCCCUCAAACGCGAACGGCGGAGAAUGGUCCAUACCGUUGGAACGAAGUGCCGACUUGGACGACCAGUGGAAGCGGUUGUGUUUAGCUGCUAUCGGUGGUCAAUUGACGCCGUCCGCGGAGGACGCGGAUCUGGACGAGGUGUGCGGCUGUUCUCUGUCCCUCAAGAAGGGCGGGAGUCUGCGACUAGGCGUGUGGACGAAGCACAGAACGGAUGAAGUGAGCCAACGGGCCGUCGCCGAGAACAUUCGCAGAGUACUUUCGCUCCAGAAGGAAGUGGCCUUAACGUACGCGCCGCACGACUCGAAGGGCGACGCGCUCUACACGUCCUAG